AAUGAUAUUCGAUACACGAAGAUCAGAUUCGUUGGGCACUCGUAUAAAUACAGGAUGAUAUAGGCAGCCAUGAGUAUUUGUUCAAUGUUUUCGAGACUCGAUGUACUUUGCUACAAUAAUGCGAUCGUUCGCUGCGGUUCUAGUGAUUCUACAAGUACUCAUUUGCUCUGGCCAUCCCGCUACUGAUUCUGGUAUCUCGUGUGCACUGGGCUACUACGAUAACGAUACUCCCAUUGAUGACGAACAACAGUUGACAGACCUAUUUUUCAAAAAGACAAACGAUACAUCCAUCGAAUCGACCGUUGAAUUUCGAUUGUACACACGGGAACAUCCAAAUGGUGUGCAAAUUAUUUUUAGGGACGAAAGCAGUUUGAAAAACAGUGGUUUCGAAGCCAACCUACCCACGCGAAUUAUUACUCAUGGAUUCAAUGGCAGAGGGACGGAUAGAGCCUGCACCGGUCCUAAAGAUGCCUUUCUUAGUGCUGAUGAUUACAACAUUAUUAUUAUCGAUUGGUAUGUAUAUCAGUUCGGAGGAGGUUCAAUACCAAAUUAUCUAAAAGUUAUAAAGCAAGUGAAAGAAGUUGGAGUUUUCGUGUCAGAAAUGAUUAACUUUUUGGAGGAACACGGCAUGAAUCCUAAUACCACAGCUCUAAUUGGUCACUCUCUUGGAGCUCAUGUUGUUGGAAUUGCCAGCUUUCAUGCUAAAACCAAAGUUAAUCACGUUAUAGGCUUAGACCCAGCGGAACCACAAUUCAAAAACAAAGAACCAAGCGAGCGAAUCUCAGACAGGGAUGCUGUACAUGUAGAAAUUAUUCAUACUAACGGGGGUCAUUGCGGGGCAGCAGCUGUAUUAGGGCAUUAUGAUUUUUAUGUCAACGGUGGCGAAAAGCAACCAGGCUGUACCAGGAAUUCCUGUUCUCAUUCCCGUGUUUAUGAGUAUUACAUCGAAUCCAUCCAGCGUGUCAAUAAUUUUUAUGGAAGACGCUGUAUGAACUCAAAAGUUAUCGAAAAGGAAAAUUGUAACGGUGAAAUUGGUUUGAUGGGUGGAUUGAACAGAAAUGCUAUUUUACCGGGCGUAUAUUUUAUUGAAACUAAUAAAGAAUCUCCCUUCGCUAAGGGUUAUCCAGGCCCAUGAUGAAUGUCUUUUUAAAAAAGCGUGGUAGGCUUAAUAAAUGUACAUAUAUUUUAGUUAAGUUAUUUGUUAAAGUUUGCAUAAUAAAAUGAAUGUAGC